AUGACACGAAACCCCGGCAGCCUCACUAGAGUGCACGAACGGCUGCAGAAACGGGAGCUUCCAACCCCUUCCCGCCUCCUCGUCUUCCUUCUCGCCACCCCAAUUCGCGUUCCCGCCUCCCCGUUUCCCCUUUCCGCUCCCCAGUACCCCUUCCGGUCACCCCGUUUCCCCUUCCCGCUCUCCGGUUCCCCUUCCAGCCUCUCCGUUUCCCCUUCCCGCUCCCCGUUUCCCCUUCCCACCACCCCGUUUCCCCAUCCCGCUCCCCGUUACCCCUCCCCGCCUCCCCAUUUCCCCUUCCCGCCUCCUCGUUUCCCCUUCCCGCCUCCCCAAUUCCCCUUUCCGCCACCCCGUUUCCCCUUCCCGCUCCCCAUUACCCCUUCCCGCCUUCCCGUUAACCCUUCCCGCCUCCCCAAUUCCCGUUCCCGCCUCCUCGUUUUCCCGUCCCGUUCCCGUUUCCCCUUCCCGCCUUCCCGUUUCCCCGUCCCGCUCCUCGUUUCCCCUUCCCUCCUCCCCGUUUCCCCUUCCCGCUCCCCGUUUCCCCUUCCCGCUCCCCGUUUCCCCUUCCCACCUCCCCGUUUCCCCUUCCCGCCUCCCCAAUUCCCCUUUCCGCCAACCCGUUUCCCCUUCCCGUCUCCCCAUUACCCCUUUCCGCCUCCCCGAUUUUCCUUCCCCCUCCCCAUUUCCCCUUCCCGCCUCCCCGUUUCCCCUUCCCGCUCCCCGUUUCCCCUUCCCACCACCCCGUUCCCCCAUCCCGCUCCCCGUUACCCCUCCCUGCCUCCCCAUUUCCCCUUCCGCCUCCCCGUUUCCCCUUCCCGCCUCCCCAAUUCCCCUUUCCGCCACCCCGUUUCCCCUCCCCGUCUCCCCAUUACCCCUUUUCCCCCCUUUCUCCCUCUCGUUUACUCCCCUUUCCCCUCUGAUUUCCCCCCCUUCUCCUCCUUAUUUUUCCCGCUUCUCCCUCUCAUUCGCCCCCUUGCUCCCUCUCAUGUCCCCCCUGUCCCCUUCUCAUUUCCCCUAAUGCUCCCCAUCAUUCCCCCCCUUUCCCCCUCUCGUUUCCCUCCCAUUCACCUGCUCAUUUCCCCCCCUUCUCCCUCUCAUUCAAACCCCUACUCCCUCUCAUCUCCCCCCCUUCUCCUUCCCGUUUCCCCACCUUCUCCCUCUUGUUUCCCCCCCUUAUCCCGCUCAUUGCCCCCCUUUCUCCUCAUUUCCAUCCGUUCUCCCCCUCAUUUCCCCCUUCUCCUCCCUCUCAUUUCCCCCCCUGCUCCCUGUCAUGCCCCCCCUUUCUCCCGCUCAUUUCCCCCCUUCUCCCACUCAUUUUGUCGCCUAUCGAGAGGUGGCGCCUCCCGAAAGUAUGCGACAAGAGGCCGCACUGAAACUGCCGGUCCCCCAUAA